AUGCAUAAAGGAUGGAAAAAGUACUGCGGCCAGAAGUCUAUGAGUGAGGCAACAAUGGAUGAAUAUUUAGGCAGCUUAGGACUGUUUCGAAAGCUGACUGCCAAGGAUGCCUCUUGCCUCUUUCGGGCUAUUUCGGAGCAGUUGUUUUGCAGCCAAGUCCAUCAUUUGGAAAUCAGGAAGGCUUGUGUCUCAUAUAUGAGAGAAAAUCAACAAACUUUUGAGUCUUAUGUGGAGGGAUCUUUUGAGAAAUACCUGGAACGGUUGGGAGAUCCCAAGGAAAGUGCUGGACAGCUGGAAAUAAGAGCUCUUUCUCUAAUUUAUAAUCGAGAUUUCAUUCUUUAUCGCAAUCCCGGAAAGCCUCCAACUUACAUUACAGAUAAUGGCUAUGAAGACAAGAUUCUACUCUGCUAUUCAAGUAAUGGCCAUUAUGAUUCAGUAUACUCAAAACAAUUUCAGUCAAGUGCAGCUGUUUGUCAAGCUGUAUUGUAUGAAAUUCUCUAUAAAGAUGUGUUUGUUGUGGAUGAAGAAGCACUGAAGACUGCAAUUGAAUUGUUUCGAAGUGGUUCUAAGAAGAACAGAAACAAUGCUGUCACUAGCAGUGAGGAUGUCAAUGUUGCCUACAAGAGUGUAACUCCAGAUAGGACUGAAGAAUUGAGUGCUUGCUACAAUAUUGAAAAUAUACCAGAGGGGUACAAUAAAGGAACAGAAGAAGCAAAGUCUCCAGAAAAUCCAUCCAAGGUGUACUUCCCCUAUAAGGUGCUCAAAGCUUUGGAUCCAGAAAUCUAUCGUAAUGUAGAAUUUGAUGUUUGGUUGGACAGCAGAAAAGAACUUCAAAAAGCUGAUUACAUGGAGUAUGCUGGGAAACAUUACUAUUUGGGAGACAAAUGUCAGGUUUGUUUGGAAUCAGAUGGAAGAUAUUAUAAUGCUCACAUUCAGGAAGUUGGAAAUGAGAACAAUUCAGUAACAGUUUUCAUUGAAGAAUUGGCAGAAAAGCAUGUUGUUCCACUGGCUAACUUAAAACCAGUUACUCAAGUGACACCUGUUCCUGCCUGGAAUGCUAUGCCUAGUCGGAAAGGAAGAGGUUACCAGAAAAUUUCCGGGGGCUAUUUCCCAGAAAUGGUUAUAUCGGAGAUGGACAUGAAGCAACACAAGAAGAUGUUCAGGAAAGUUAGAGGGAAAGAGAUGUAUAUGUCUAUGGCCUACAGCAGGGGAGACCCCCUACCCCCAUCCAGGCUUCAGAAUAGUAUGCAUUAUGGGCAUGACCCUCCAAUGCACUACGCACAGACAGCUGGCAAUUUUAUGGCUAAUGAACAUUUUUAUCCUCAACAUUCAUCUCAGAGACAAGGUCGGGGAUAUGGGAUGCCCAGGGAUUCAUCUCGCUUUAUAAACAGGCCUAACAUGGUAGAUCCUAAAGUUGGUUUUUACCCUGGCCCAGGGAAAAAGUGCUGCCAGAGCUAUGAUAACUUCUCCUAUAGAGCUCGUUCCUUUAGACGUAGUCACCGCCAGAUGCAUUGUGUGAAUAAGGAAUGCCAAUAUAGCUUUGCCCCAGAAAAUGGACAGAUGCCUAGGGGCUUGGAAGAAACCAUUACUUUUUAUGAAAUUGAAGAAGGGGAUGAGACUGCUUAUCCAAAUUUACCUAAUCAUGGAAGGCCCUCUACAAUGGUUCCUCCUACUCCAACAUACUGUGUUGCAAGGCUUGGACAUAGCUCAGGCAAACACACUUUGAGUUCAGAAGAGGGCAAUGGCCAGUGUGAUAAUGGGGGAUAUAAUGAAGAAUAUAUUUAUCCUUCAGAACCAGACUAUGAAACUUCAGAUGUUUAUAGCACAACUGAAUCUACAGCAAACUUGUCUCUUCAGGACAGAGGACCAUGUUCUAUGUCUCCUCAGGACACAGUUACCUCAUGCAACUAUCCCCAGGAGGUGAUGGUAAAUUCUGCAGCAAUUACAGCUUCCUGUGCCAAUAAUGUUCCAGUUCCAGUCUUAUCUAACUGUGCAGCAGCUAAUCAAGCUAGUAGUACCACUUCAGUUUCCUCACAGAAGGCUAUACAGCCUCUAUUUGUAUCUUCACCUACACAAGGCAGGCCAGUGAUUGUUUCACCAUCCUAUCCAUACCUCUCUGCUCAUGUGCCUGCUGUUGCUGCGCCUCUGCCACCACCUCCAUUUCCUCCUCCCCUACCUCCUCCUUUUCCUCUUGAGGUGGGAGAGGCUUCAAACUUACCACCACCACCUCCACCUUAUUCCUAUGAUCCAAGUGGCAGUGAUCUGCCUCAAGAUACAAAAGUUUUGCAGUACUAUUUUAAUCUGGGAUUGCAGUGCUAUCAUCACAACUACUGGCACUCCAUGGUCUGUGUGCCACAGAUGCAGCAGCAGCAUUUUCACGUAGAGAAUUAUCCCAUUUGUACUGAUACACCUACUCUGGUAGAUCAGACCGUUCCUCAGUUGUACAGUGAUGUGGGAAGACAAGAUGGCGUGCAGGUAGAAGCAUCAACAAAUGGUACUUUUCCAAAUGCUGACCCUGCAUCUGUCCCUCAUGGAACAGUCUAUUAUCCAGUGAUGACAGAUCACUGUGGGCAGCCAACUUUGCCUGGUUUUGAUUCCUGCCUUCCUGUUAUGCCGGAGUUUUCAUAUGUUGCCCCUUGGCAUCCCAUUGGUGCAGCAUAUGGUGGUUCUCCUCACAUUUUUGGUGCUAUGAAUCCUGGCCCAGUUGGCUAUAUUGCUUCACCUCCCUCACCUUCUCAUUUUGUACCUCGGAAUAUGUAA